UCACAUUCAGUUGCAAUGGGCUGUACUACCAGUAUCAUUCUGUUUGAAGGUUUGCGGACUGUCGUUGAGAGAAAUUGUGGUUAUAUUUGCAAACAGCAGAUACAGCAAACAUCUGUGGAUAAUACAGUUCAGAGCUUGGUUCGUGAGGAGACAAGUAAACCGACCCAUUCAGCUUUGGCUAGACCGAAGGAUAUUGAACCAAUAGACUACGAGAAUGUCCUUUUACAGAAGAAGACACAGAUCAUCAGUGAUCCUUUGCGGGACAUGCUACUUUUUCCUCCUGAAGAUUUCCAAACUGCCAUACUGAAGCGCAAGGGAAGAACGAUCGGUUCAACAGUGCCUGAAAAUGCAAAAAAAGAGGCUCACAGCUUGUUGGUUACUGAGUGCAUCAAGACCUACAACCUUGACUGGCAUGUUGUUCAGUAUAAAUAUGAAGAUUAUUCUGGAGAUUUUAGACAGCUGCCAAAUAAAGUGGUCAGACCAGAUAAGCUUCCAGUCCACGUCUUUGAAGUUGAUGAAGAUGUAGAUAAAGAUGAGGAUACAGCUUCUCUCGGAUCACAGAAGGGUGGCGUUUCAAAACAAGGAUGGCUGUAUAAGGGCAAUAUGAACAGUGCUAUAAGUGUGACCAUGAGGUCAUUCAAGAGGCGUUUUUUUCACCUAACGCAGCUUGGGGAUGGCUCGUGCAUUCUCAACUUCUAUAAAGAUGAAAAAAUCUCCAAGGAACCCAAAGGGUCCAUAUACCUGGACUCGUGUAUGGGAGUGGUGCAGAACAGCAAAGUACGGCGGUUUGCCUUUGAACUCAAGAUGCAAGACAAGAGCAGUUAUCUUUUGGCAGCAGAUAGUGAGCAGGAAAUGGAAGAGUGGAUCGGAUCUCUUAAUAAAAUCCUUCAGAGUACUUUUGAAGCUGCCAUGCAAGAGAAAAGAAAUGGCGAGUCACUAGAGGUUUCAGAUGAUGAACAGUCCAGUCAAGGAAAAUUGGAAAGCGUAACCAGCUGGGAAAGUCUGCACUAUGAACUUACAAAGGGUACCAGAGAAAUAGAAAGUAAAAAGAAUGAAGGCAGAAUAAAGCUUUUUUUUCUGGAUGCAGAUACCCAGAAGCUUGACUUUUUGGGGAUUGAACCAGAAGUGAAGCCAUUUGAAGAGAAAUUUGGCAAGCGGUUCCUGGUGAAAUGCAAUGAUUUGUCCUUCAAUCUACAAAGCUGUGUGGCUGAAAAUGAAGAAGGACCCACGACCAAUGUGGAACCAUUCUUUGUGACUCUUGCACUUUUUGAUAUCAAGAACAGUCGCAAAAUCUCAGCUGACUUCCAUGUGGAUCUGAACCAUCAGUCUGUUCGUCAGAUGUUAUCAAAUUUGUCGUCAUCCAUCAUGAAUGGUGGCGAUUCUGUAGCCAAUACCCAGAGAACAAUAAAUGGCAUUCAGGAGAGCAUGCUGCAGUAUCCUAAACAGGGUGUUUUUUCCGUCACUUGCCCCCAUCAAGAUAUAUUUUUAGUAGCUCGAGUGGAGAAAGUUCUUCAAGGAGGCAUCACUCAGUGUGCUGAACCCUACAUGAAAAGCUCAGACUCAGCCAAGGUCGCACAGAAAGUAUUGAAAAAUGCCAAGCAAGCCUGUGUCAGACUUGGACAAUACCGUAUGCCUUUUGCUUGGGCUGCAAGAACGGUGUUCAAAGACACACAAGGAACUCUUGACAAGAAUGCCCGCUUCUCCCCGCUCUACAGGCAAGAUAGCAACAAGCUCUCCAAUGAAGACUUGUUAAAGCUACUAUUAGACUUCAGGAAACCAGAGAAGAUGUCCAAACUUCCAGUUAUUUUAGGGAACGUGGAUAUCAAUAUAGACAACAUGGCUGUAGAUUUUCUGAAUUGUGUAAGUUCUUCAUAUAUUCCAGUGAAACAUUUUGAAACCAGUAGCAAGAUCACAGUUACUCACGAAGUGGAGGAAUUUGUUCCUUGUAUAGCAAAGCUUGCUCAGCCCUUCACCAUCUACAACAAUCAUCUCUAUGUUUACCCAAAGCACUUGAAAUAUGACAGUCAAAAAACUUUCGCAAAAGCAAGAAAUAUUGCAGUCUGCAUAGAGUUCAGGGAUUCUGAUGAAGAAGAUGCACAGCCUCUCAAGUGUAUCUAUGGCCGCCCAGGAGGGUCUGUGUUCACUAAGAAUGCUUUUGCAGUGGUUUUACACCAUCAUCAAAACCCAGAGUUCUACGAUGAGAUUAAAGUGGAACUGCCUACCCAGCUGCAUGAAAAGCACCACUUGUUGUUCACAUUCUACCACCUUAGUUGUGACAAUUCAAGCAAAGGAACCACAAAGAAGAAGGAAACAAUUGAAUUUCAAGUUGGAUACGCUUGGCUUCCGCUACUGAAGGACGGUCGUGUUGUUACCAAUGAAAAUCAGAUUUCAGUGUCUGCUAACCUUCCAGUUGGCUACCUAAACUACCAGGAGCUCGGAAUGGGAAAGCACUCGGGACCUGAAAUCAAAUGGGUGGAUGGAGCGAAACAUAUAUUCAAAGUUGCAACACACCUAGUCUCCACAGUAUAUACUCAGGACCAGCACUUGAACAACUUUUUCCAGUACUGUCAGAAGUGUGAUUCGGGAGCUCAGGCCUCUGGAACUGACCUUGUCAAAUUCCUCAAGAGCUUGCAUGCUAUGGAGGGUCACGCGAUGACUAAUUUCCUGCCCACAAUCCUGAACCAGUUGUUUCGGAUUCUCUCAAGAGCCACCCAGGAGGAUGUAGCAGUUAAUGUUACAAGAGUUCUUGCACACAUUGUUUCCCAGUGCCACGAUGAAGGAUUGGAAAACUAUUUAAGGUCUUACGUAAAGUUUGUUUUCAAGACUGAACCCUGUAAUACCUCCAAGUGUAAGACUGUGCAUGAAGAACUAACAAAGUCAAUGACUGUGCUGCUGAAAACGACGGCUGACUUUCUGACCUGUAACAAGCUGCUCAAGUAUUCGUGGUUUUUCCUUGAGGUGCUGAUAAAAUCGAUGGCCCAGCAUCUUAUUGAAAGCAACAAGCUAAAGUUAUUCAGGAACCAGCGAUUCCCUGCCUCUUACCAGCAUACCGUGGAGACCCUCGUAAACAUGUUGAUGCCUCAUAUCACACAGAAAUAUAAAGACAAACCAGAGGAGGCACGAAACGCCAACCACAGCCUUGCUGUCUUCAUUAAGAGGUGUUUCACAUUGAUGGACCGGGGUUUUGUUUUCAAACAAAUCAACAACUACAUCAAGUGGUUCAGUCCUGGAAAUCCAAAAAUUCUCUUCGAGUUGAAGUUUGAGUUUCUGCGAGUUGUGUGCAACCAUGAACACUUCAUUCCCCUAAACCUGGCGAUGCCAUUUGGAAAAGGGAGGAUUCAGAGAUAUCAAGAUCUGCAACUAGACUUCACACUGACUGAUGACUUCUGUAAGAACCACUUUCUAGUGGGGCUGCUUGUCCGGGAGGUUGGGAGUGCACUGCAGGAAUUCAGAGAUGUCCGACAGAUAGCAAUCAGUGUUCUCAAGAGCUUAAUGAUUAAGCACACGUUUGAUGACAGAUAUGCAGCCAAAAGCCAGCAGGCCAGAAUAGCCACCUUGUACCUGCCCCUUUUUGGACUGUUGACUGAAAAUGUGCAGCGCAUUAACGUGAAGGAUUUCUCUCCUUUUCCAAUGAAUCAGUCUGGCAAUAGUGGGAGAGACGAGUUGCCUUUUAGCGUACAGAUGGGGAGCACCAUGGUAACACCUCAGAAACCAGGAAGCACUCUGGAUAACAGCAUUCACAAGGAUGUGUUUGGUGUUAUUUCGGGUACAGCUUCUCCACACGGUUCAUCCACUCCAAACAUCAGCGCAGUGAGGCAUGCCGACUCCAGAGGUUCUCUGAUAAGCACAGACUCUGCCACUAGUCUGCCAGAGAAAAAUGCAGACAAGAGCAAUUCCCUGGACAAGAAUCAUCAAAAUAGUGGCUGUAUCGGAGGCUCUGUGGUGCGAUGUGACAAACUGGACCAGUCUGAGAUCAGGAAUCUCCUCAUGUCUUUCCUUCACGUACUGAAGAGCAUGUCUGAUGAUGCACUGUUCACUUACUGGCACAAGGCCUCUACUCCUGAACUGAUGGAUUUUUUCACAAUAUUAGAAGUCUGCCUUCAUCAGUUCAGAUAUAUGGGUAAACGAUACAUAGCAAGGAACCAGGAGGGGUUGGGACCCAUCAGUAUUGCACAUGAAAGGAAAGCUCAAACUUUACCUGUUCUUCGUAACAGAGCAGGAGUGAUGCAUGCCAGAUUGCAGCAGCUCAGCAGCCUGGAUAACUCUUACACUUUUAACCACAGCUAUGGUCAUUCUGAUGCUGAUGUUCUUCACCAGUCCUUGCUGGAAGCAAACAUUGCGACAGAAGUGUGCCUAACUGUUCUGGACAUAAUGGCUUUAUUCACACAGGUUUUUAAGGGCCAGCUCCUUGCUGAUCACGGACACAAUCCACUGAUGAAAAAAGUUUUUGAUGUCCUUCUUUGCUUCCUCCAAAUCAACCAAUCAGAAAUGGCAUUAAAGUACGUGUUUGCUGCUUUGAGGAACCUAGUGUACAAGUUUCCAUCCACGUUCUUUGAAGGCAGAGCUGAUACGUGUGCUGCACUCUGCUAUGAGAUUUUGAAGUGCUGCAACUCCAAACUGAGCACAAUCAGAAGUGAAGCUUCCACACUUCUUUAUUUUUUAAUGAGGAACAACUUUGAGUACACAAGAAGACGAUCGUUUGUGAGGACUCACUUGCAGGUGAUCAUCGCGGUAAGUCAGCUGAUAGCAGAUGUGGUUGGGAUUGGAGGAACCAGAUUCCAGCAGUCACUUGCCAUUAUAAACAAUUGUGCCAACAGUGAUAAAGCUGUUAAGUCUACUGGAUUUCCUUCUGAGGUUAAAGACUUGACAAAGCGUAUUCGCACAGUACUAAUGGCUACUGCUCAAAUGAAAGAGCAUGAAAAUGAUCCCGAAAUGCUGGUGGAUCUGCAGUACAGUCUGGCGAAGUCGUAUGCUAGUACUCCAGAGCUGAGGAAAACUUGGCUGGACAGUAUGGCAAAAAUCCAUGUCAAAAAUGGAGAUCUGUCGGAGGCAGCAAUGUGCUAUGUUCAUGUAGCAGCGCUAGUGGCUGAAUAUCUCAAAAGAAAAGCCAUAUUUAAACAAGGUUGCACAGCUUUUAAGGUGAUCACACCUAAUAUAGACGAAGAAGCUGCCAUGAUGGAAGAUGUAGGAAUGCAAGAUGUUCACUACAAUGAGGAUGUGCUGAUGGAGCUGUUGGAGCAGUGUGCUGAUGGACUCUGGAAGGCUGAACGCUACGAGCCUAUUUCUGACGUCUACAAACUGAUCAUUCCUGUUUAUGAGAAAAGACGUGAAUUUGAGAAACUCGCCCACCUUUACGAAACACUUCAUCAAGCUUAUAAAAAAAUUGCCGAAGUGAUUCUCACAGGAAAGAGGCUUUUAGGCACAUACUUUCGAGUCGCAUUUUUUGGCCAAGCAGCGCAAUACCAGUUUACAGACAAUGAAAGAGAUGUGGAGGGGUUCUUUGAGGACGAAGAUGGGAAGGAAUACAUUUAUAAAGAACCAAAGCUCACUCAGCUCUCUGAAAUCUCCCAGAGACUACUGAAGCUCUACUCUGACAAGUUUGGCCCUGAGAAUGUCCGAAUGAUUCAUGAUGAUGGAAAGGUCAAUCCCAAAGAUUUGGACGCGAAAUAUGCAUAUAUUCAAGUCACCUACGUCACUCCCUAUCUUGAUGAGAAGGAAUCGCAGGACAGGAAAACAGACUUUGAGAAGAGUCACAAUAUUCGGCGUUUUGUAUUUGAGAUGCCAUUCACAGUAUCUGGGAAAAAGCAAGGAGGUGUUGAGCAACAAUGUAAACGGAGAACUAUUCUAACAACCACACACUCCUUUCCAUAUGUGAAGAAGCGCAUUCCCGUGAUGUACCAACAACACAUUGACCUGAAUCCUAUUGAGGUGGCGAUCGAUGAAAUGAGCAACAAAGUGGCAGAACUGAGGCACCUUUGUGCGUCUUCUGACGUUGACAUGAUCAGGUUACAGCUCAAACUCCAGGGCAGUGUGAUUGUUCAGGUAAAUGCUGGUCCAUUAGCAUAUGCAAGGGCGUUCCUUGAUGAUGCCAAUGUGAAGCGGUUUGCCGAUAACAAAGUGAAACAGUUGAAAGAAGUCUUCAGGCAGUUUGUUGAGGCUUGUGGUCAAGCCCUGGGUGUAAAUGAGCGUUUGAUCAAAGAAGAUCAGCUGGAGUAUCAAGAAGAAAUGAAGGCAAACUACAAAGAAAUGGUUCGAGAGCUCUCAGACAUCAUGCAUGAGCAGAUUUCACCAGUGGAUGAUGGAAUGAAGAUCAAUCUCAUGCCAAACUCGCUUCACAUCUUCAAUGCAAUCAGUGGGACGCCAACAAGUACGGCUGUCCAUGGAAUACCCAACUCCUCCUCUGUUGUGUAAUAAAGAGAGAAAGCGGAGAACUCAUUGACAUCCCAAGUCAUUCUUGCAUUUAUUUGCUCAGGACACUUUUCAAGGCUCUUACAUGUCAGGUGCAGAGAAAUGACCCUUGUGAUGUACUGGCUGGGAGCGUACCAAAGGAAUGAUCUUUGCACAUUUGAGCCCUGUUACAGGAAAUGCAUUUUAAAGAUUGUUUUGAGGGAGCUUGCUCAUCUGCAUUUUAUUGUACAAUUGCAGAAUUUUGUGGCAGAAAUGGGUCCAUUUAUUGAUUUACUAAAGAUCUAUCUUAAAGUACAGACUUCAUAUGUUGAAUAAUAUAUUGGAAAAACAGGGAAAUAAUGUUAAGCAUCAAUAUUUUUGCUGUUGUUUACACAUAUAUAGACCUGUAUAUAAUUAUUGUUGAUGACAGUAUGAGGUUACUUUCGGAGGGUAUAUUUAAGAUAGGAUAUAGGUGGUAAGUACAUUAGAGCAGAAGCGGUUCAGAAGCGGUGUUUACAGCAUGUAGUAGCUGAUCAAAAUGGACUUUGUGUCAAGAACAUAGGGAUACCAGCUCAAGAAAGCAGGACCGAAUUGUGCUCUUUCUUUUAGAUGCAAUUCAAGCAAUUGUCUUGCUGUUCCUGUGGGAACACUUACACAUUUAGCUUAGUCAUUGUCUAUAGCUGGGUCUAGUUCAUUGAACGGCAGUGAUUUUCCACUUCUCACACAGUACGCUCGUGAGCUUGAAUGUAAAAACACAUUUGUAAUUAUUCAAAUGUACAGAAAUGACUUUUGCUGGUACUGUCUGAUCAACAUGUACAAGUGAGUCUUACAGGCACAAUUGUAGCAGUCUCUACAUAUUCAAGAGUUUGUAGUACAUUAUUCCACAUUUAUGAAUUUAUGGAGCAAUUUAGAAAAUUCAUCAGAGACCAACUUAGUUUUGUUCUUUUUUAAAAAAAAUGUCAUUGGGGAGAAGAGGAUGAGAGAAUGAAAGAAAGCUUGCCUAUACUGGAACACAAACAAUAUAUUUUACAAAUGUGCUUUGUUUUUACCUUGUAUAUACCCUUGAGUGCAAUAUUUGUCAUUCAGCAUUGUCCUAGGUGUAUACAGUCUUUGCUAUAUUUGGAUUUAUGAACUGUUACAUAACAAACGUCCUUUUUGCCAAAAUGAUAUAUAAUCAGCAAUCGUAUUUACUGUGCAGCUUUGUGGCUUUAAUUUAAAUAUAGUUUCCCAUUUGAUCUGUUUUAGAACUGUAAUAACAUUUUAUAUUUGGGGAAAGUUGAGGUUUGUAAUUUUAUUUAACUGGAACCAUUGUCCUGCUGUAUUUAAAUUAAAUUUGUUCUGUACUACAACUGAAUUAAUAAAGCCAGAACACUCAUUUUUUUCUUUUAUACAUCUGUGUGAUAUCAUGCCUGUCCAAUAAAAGUAGAAUUUGAAGCUUUU